UAGGUUGAGUUACUUUUGUCUGCUGUCUAGGUUUUCAUUGUUGUGUUGUUUCUCUCUGCCGGAAGGUAUGGCCUCCGAUCUGCGCAUCGAAAGGAACGAUUCCAAAUGGGAGAUUAGAGAUUCACCGGCGAAGAAGCAAAGGUGCGAGGGUUACACUUCCCCACCAUCUCCACCAUCACCAUCACCAUCACCGCUUUGUUCAUCAGCAGAAGAAGAAAAAGAAGACCCUAGAUCUAAAAUCGUAUUCUAUAACUACGACGAUGAUUCAGAUGUGGAAGAUGAUAGUGAUGGAAUGCAUGAGUUUACUGAUAAGGAAUUCCAAGAGUAUGAUAGACAGUUAACCCAAAGUGAUGGCUUUGAUGUCAUGUACUUCCCACGCUCGUUUGGGUUUGGUGGAACAGAGCCGGUUUUUAACCUCGAUGAGAUUGCCGACGAUCUCAAAACUUUUUCGGAAUUGGCGCUCAAGCAAUACAAUGACAAAGAGUUUAAGAAGCUGGAGUUUGUGAAGGUUGUGAAGGCAAACGUGGGUUUAUGUGCUGGGUUUAAGUAUUAUAUUACCUUUGAUGUUAAGGAUGCUGAUGCUGUUGAUGGUGGUACUAUGGAAUUUGAAGCUUGCGUUUGGGAUGGGAUCGGCCAUACUGACGUACUAAUUAGUAGGCUGAAAAUUAGCACUUAGUCAAGGUGUGGUUGAAGAUUUCACGAAGGUAAUAUGCACAUGGUGUCCCAGUGGGCAGUUGGAAGUGUGUUACUGUGAACAAAAUGAAUCUAAUAUUAGAAUCUUUGUACAUGUGGUGGAUAUUGACAAUUAUGUUACUUGAUUUAGUAUAUGUCUAGACUGAUAUUCUAAACUGAUAUCUAAACUAAUAUUUGUAGAACAAUGACAUCGCAUGAUGCUUUGUUUUAUUAUUGAAAUGUAUGACAUAACAACUAAGGCAGAUUGCAUGUCUAAGGUAUAUUUUAAACUUGUA